AUGCGUAGAAAGCUAGGAAUUCCCGACGAUGUGAAGUCUGCGGUCGCUUUGGGUAGAGCAGAAAAUCAGUAUGGAUUCCCUUUCCCAAGGGCGGCUCAAAUGAACAGACUGGAAUACCUUUUGAGUUUAGAGAAAGUAGCACAAGAACAAGCGGACAAAUGGGCUGCUACGGCAUCUGCCCUUCCUCCUGCACUCGAUGGCCCUGGUGAAUGGAACUGGAUGAAUGCAGCUUUGACCAGCACAGCUGCAGUUGCUGAUGAGCUGAGUGCUGCAAAUAUGGCCAUAAGGUCAUGGUGGGACUCUAGAAGAAAGAUAGAUAAUAGUGCCAUGAUGGCGCUAUUCGGCAACAGAAACGUCAGUAAUCCUGCACCCGAGUUCGUUGAGGUAAGGUUGUUCGGUCAUUGA